GCACGAAAGCAUCCCAAAUAAUGGAAGCAGAUGUGUUGUGACAUACUGACUUGUGAGCCACUAAAUUCUGCACCCAAAAAAAAAAAAAAAGCUUAGAAGUAAAGGAACAUGGAAUUCCCAAUGCUUCCUCCAUGAUCACACACAGCUCAGCUUGCGUUGAACCUGUUUACUUUCAGUCUCAGUCCACUCAUGAUCUGAAAAAAAGAUGAGAUUUUUAAAAUCAUUUCUUGUCUGGGUAGCAGUAUGAAAUAUUUGCAGGCUUUGAUUUCCCUUUAGAUUUUCAGGCACCCUUUGUGAAUCUCGUUGAUAGAAGCACUGAAUCUUUAAUUCCUCUACUCAGUGGUGGAAUGGGUUCCGAUUCCGAUCUUGGGGACGCCGGAAACGUGCUGGAGAAUGUGCUGGAGAACGUGCUGUGCUUUCUGACGGAUCGCCGCGACCGGAACGCGGCGGCGCUGGUGUGCAAGGCGUGGUACAAGGUGGAGGCGAUGACGAGGUCGGAGGUGUUCAUAGGAAACUGCUACGCCGUUUCGCCGCAGCGGGUUUCGCGGCGGUUCGGGCGGGUGAAAUCGGUGAGCAUAAAGGGGAAGCCGCGGUUUGCGGAUUUCAGUUUGCUCCCGCCGGAUUGGGGCGCGUAUUUCUCGCGAUGGGUUGCUACUAUGGCUGAGGCUUAUUGUGCGCUGGAGAAGGUUUACCUUAAACGGAUGUUUGUUACGGACGAUGAUCUUGUCGUGCUGUCUCGGUCUUUCCCUAAUUUCAAGGAGUUGGUUUUGGUCUGCUGUGAAGGAUUUGGGACCAGUGGACUCUCUGUCGUUGCUAGUCAGUGCAGGCAAAUAAAGGUGCUUGAUCUGCUGGAGUGUGAGGUUGUGGAUAAUGAAGUGGAUUGGUUUUCAUGUUUCCCAGAGGACAAAACUUGCCUCGAGUCUUUGAUCUUUGACUGUGUUGAUUGUGAGGUGAAUUUCGAGGCGUUGGAGCAGCUAGUAGCGAGGUCGCCUUCCUUGAAGAAACUCGGACUGAAUCGCUUUGUUUCGCCCGAGCAGCUCUAUCGACUUAUUGUUCGAGCUCCACAGCUUACCCAUCUGGGCACUGGGGCGUAUGGACCCUUUGAAAUUCUUGCUAUGGUUGAACAUGAACCCGACUAUGCUUCUGCUUUUGCUGCCUGCAAAUCAUUAGUGUCCCUUUCGGGAUUCCGGGAUUUUUUCCCGGAUCAUAUUCGUGCAAUAUACCCGAUUUGUGCCAACCUGACCUCUCUUAAUUUCAGCUACGCAAGCAUAUAUUACGAGCAAGUCAUCGAGAUCAUUUCUCACUGCCACAAACUCCAGGUUUUCUGGGUACUUGAUUCAGUGUGUGACGAGGGACUAAAGGCUGUAGCUGCAACAUGUAGAGAUCUUCGGGAGCUUCGGGUUUUCCCCGUUAAUCCUCAAGAAGCUGCGGAUGGCCCCGUUUCUGAGGUAGGUCUGCUUGCAAUUGCUGAGGGUUGUCGGAAACUUCAAUCCAUAUUGUAUUUCUGCCAGAAAAUGACUAAUGCUGCUGUCGUAGCCAUGUCAAAGAACUGCCCCGAUCUUAUGGUAUUCCGCCUCUGUAUUAUGGGGCGACACAGGCCUGACUACCUGACAGGUAAACCGAUGGACGAAGGAUUCGGGGCUAUUGUUAAGAACUGUAAGAAGCUUACACGCCUCGCUUUGUCUGGCCUAUUGACCGACCAAGCUUUCGGUUAUAUUGGGCAAUAUGGGAAAUCUUUGCGCACUUUGUCGGUUGCGUUUGCUGGAGGCAGUGACACGGGGCUAAAGCAUGUGCUCGAUGGCUGCCCCAAGCUGCAGAAGCUCGAAGUCAGGGACAGUCCGUUCGGGGAUUUGGCUUUGCGUGCUGGUUUGCACCGCUUUUACAACAUGAGAUUUCUCUGGAUGUCGUCUUGCAAGGCGAGUCGGGAAUGUUGUGAGAAGAUUGCCCGCGAAUUGCCACACCUAGUGGUGGAAGUGAUAGAUAGGGACGACGAAGGGAUGGAUAGGAACGACGUCGAUACUUUAUACAUGUACCGGUCCCUCGAUGGGCCAAGAACCGAUGCACCCAAGUUUGUGCAUAUCUUGUGAUGUUAGAAGAAAGACGAGUUUUGCCCCCCAUAUAUGUUCCUGGAGUUGGCUUUCAGCAACCGCGCAUUCAAGUAAAGGGACAGGAUGGUUUUAAAUUUUUACUCGUAAUUGUUAUUCUUAAACGAGGCCAGCUUACAGAUUUUGCUGCAACCCCAUCGUGAUUCAUCUUCUUUCCCGCUGUUUAUUUCAAAUAAAGAAGCCAUCGACAUUCAAGAACCGAGAUGUUUGCCCCUCGCGAUAUUCUGUUGAAGUGCGUGUCCUGGAGAAUUCGAGAUUCAGAAGCAAAAAAGCUCAGAACAAUCUUUUUCAAGUUUGCUUCUCUGGAAUCAUUUAACAGCUAUCACUUAUAUUAGUUGAAUUGAGCUUCUCUGCUCAUCUUUUAUGCACAUUUUAGCUGAGAAUUUGAACUGUUAGUAGGCAGUAUCUACUGCCCAGGACAAUACUUGUUUUAAUCAGCUGAUAUCUCCUUCUCUGUUUAGUCUUAAUAUAUACAUAACUGUUUUCUUCAAGUGUAUUGAUUCUUAGCACCUCUCAAAUAUAUUACUAUUGUUAUAUAGGCA